AUGAGGGUCAUCUCUGGUGCCAGCCUCAUGCUCUGCGGUCUGCUGCUGCUGCUCCUGGUCCCACGCACACUUGGCCUCGCCCCCCAGCCCAGAGGGCACCUCUGCCGAACCCGGCCUACGGACCUGGUGUUCGUUGUGGAUAGCUCGCGCAGUGUGCGGCCGGUGGAGUUUGAGAAGGUGAAGGUGUUCCUGUCGCAGGUCAUCGAGUCGCUGAACGUGGGGCCCAACGCCACCCGGGUGGGCGUGGUCAACUACGCCAGCUCCGUGAAGCAGGAGUUCCCGCUGCGGGCCCACCUUUCCAAGGCCGCGCUGCUUCAGGCCGUGCGCCGCAUCCGGCCGCUGUCCACGGGCACCAUGACUGGUCUGGCCAUUCAGUUUGCUAUCACCAAAGCCUUGAGUGAUGCUGAGGGUGGCCGCGCCAACUCCCCCGACAUCAGCAAGGUGGUUAUCGUGGUGACGGACGGGAGGCCUCAGGACAGCGUGCAGGAUGUGUCUGCCCGGGCCCGGGCCAGCGGCAUCGAGCUCUUCGCCAUUGGCGUGGGCCGCGUGGACAAGGCUACGUUGCGCCAGAUCGCCAGCGAGCCACAGGAGGAGCACGUGGACUACGUGGAGAGCUACAGCGUCAUCGAGAAACUGUCCAAGAAGUUCCAGGAGGCCUUCUGCUUGGUGUCAGACCUGUGUGCCACAGGAGACCAUGACUGUGAGCAGGUGUGCAUCAGCUCCCCGGGCUCCUACACCUGCGCCUGCCGCGAGGGCUUCACCUUGAACAGUGAUGGCAAGACCUGCAAUGUCUGCAGCGGUGGCGGGGGCAGUUCGGCCACUGACCUGGUCUUCCUCAUCGAUGGAUCCAAGAGUGUGCGGCCGGAGAAUUUUGAGCUGGUGAAGAAGUUCAUCAACCAGAUCGUGGACACGCUGGACGUGUCAGACAAGCUGGCGCAGGUGGGGCUGGUGCAGUACUCGAGCUCUGUGCGCCAGGAGUUCCCACUGGGCCGCUUCCACACCAAGAAGGACAUCAAGGCGGCCGUGCGGAACAUGUCCUACAUGGAGAAGGGCACCAUGACCGGGGCUGCCCUCAAGUACCUCAUCGACAACUCUUUCACUGUGUCCAGUGGGGCUCGGCCUGGCGCUCAGAAGGUGGGCAUCGUUUUCACCGACGGCCGGAGCCAGGACUACAUCAAUGACGCUGCCAAGAAGGCCAAGGACCUUGGCUUUAAGAUGUUUGCGGUGGGUGUGGGCAAUGCCGUGGAGGAUGAGCUGAGGGAGAUCGCCUCCGAGCCCGUGGCAGAGCACUACUUCUACACGGCCGACUUCAAGACCAUCAACCAGAUUGGCAUGAAGUUGCAGAAGAAGAUCUGCGUGGAGGAAGACCCGUGUGACUGUGAGUCCAUUGUGAAAUUCCAGGCCAAAGUGGAGGGACUGCUGCAGGCCUUGACCAAGAAGCUGGAGGCUGUGAGUAAGCGGCUGGCCAUCAUGGAGAACAGGAUCAUCUAAGGCCACUGGUCCCGCUGUGGCGCCUCCACCUCUCGGCCCCAAGCACAGCUCACGGAGUCCUGCGUGUGUCCCCUAGAGCCCUGAGUUUAGUCUAGCUUUGUCCUUUAGUGAGGGGUAGGUGGGGGGGCCCUGCCCCUGGGGUGGCACCAGGCCUCUCCUUCUCCUGCCUUCGAGCCCUGCUCAGGGGAGUGUGUGUCAAGUGCGUCUGCUGGAAGGGUGUGGUGUCCGCGAGCACGUGUGUGAGUGUGUGUGCACGUGUGUGCCCGAGGGCCAGGGCGUGUCUGGGAGCAGUGCAAGAGCAAGUACACAGGCGUGAGUGUAACUGGGACUGCAUUUGCAUUUUUUAUCCAAAAGCUUAAUAUAUUCCUCUUUUUAGUUAACCCUUCAUGACUGCGAGUGCUG